CUAAACACUCUCCCUUUCUGGCUAGUGAGAGAUCAAUCGCUACAGCAAUGGCUCUAUCCGGAGUGUGUAUGAAUAUCGUCAAUGCCCGUCAUAUGAAAGAUGGCCGUGGGACCCAUGACAACCCCGAGCGGUUUCUCAACCAAGACUACGAGCAGCUGAAACAGUACUGUCUUAUCAAACGGGUGAGGUACAUUGACGACAUGUUCCCGCCUGACAGGAGAUCCAUCGGUGAAGGGGUACUGUCCCCUUCUGACCUGGCGAGAGUAGUGUGGCUGAGACCAACAAAAAUUGUUCCCAACCCAUAUUUUGAAGUUGAUGGCGUCUCCAGGUUUGACUUCGGUCAAGGCUUAAUUGGGGACUGCUGGUUUCUUGCAUCUAUCGGAGCUCUGACGUUCCAGAUUGACAUCCUUAAACAGGUUGUCCCUCUUGAACAAACAUUUGAUGGGGACUACUGCGGACUGUUCCACUUCAGGUUCUGGAGAUUUGGAAGAUGGGUGGAUGUUAUCGUUGAUGACAAGCUACCGACAAUUAAUGGCAGGCUAAUCUUCGUUAGCUCCAAAGAUCGAGCAGAGUUCUGGCCUGCUUUGAUGGAGAAAGCCUAUGCCAAAGUGUGUGGUUCCUACUCGGACAUGAAUGCUGGAACUCCUGCUGAGGGUAUGGUGGACUUCACCGGCGGUGUUCACUUGUGUUUCGAUCUGCAAAACCCUCCCCCAAACCUGUGGGAACUGAUGUACAGAGCUGGCACAUCCACAUCAUUGAUCGGUUGCGGUACAUUGCAGGGGGAGACAUCUGCCAACACUGUGUUACCAAAUGGACUGGUUCAAGGCCAUGCCUACACUGUUACAGGUUUGAAACAGGUGAUGAGCAGAGGGGAGCUGGUAAACCUGGUGCGCUUGUGGAACCCCUGGGGCAGAGGAGAGUGGAACGGAGACUGGAGUGAUCGCUCACCUUUAUGGCAAACUGUGAGUCCUGAGGAUCGGAAAAUGUGCCAGUCAGUGGCUGAUGAUGGAGAAUUUUGGGUGACUGAGGCAGACUUCUGUAAGUUCUAUUCAGAUCUUGACAUCUGCUGCCUUUGCCCUGACUUCCUUGAUGGAGCUUCCUCUUGCCACUGGAAGACCUCCUACUAUGAGGGGAGAUGGGUUGCAGGAACAACUGCCGGAGGAUGCAUGAAUAACCUCGACACUUUCUGGACUAAUCCACAGUAUCGGGUCAGGAUUGAUGAACUGCUGAGUGAAUGUUCUCCAAAAAAAGAUGACAAAAACAUGCUGGUGUCUCUGAUGCAAAAGCCUGACAAGAGAAACAGGCGCUUGGUCCAAAAUCUUCACAUUGGAUUCUCUAUAUUUGAGGUGACUGAAGAAUACAAGACACACAGGGGGAAGUUCCCAGCCGCCUUCUUCAGCAGAAACAAGCCUGUCGCCCAAACAAAAAGCUACAUGAAUGCACGUGAGGUGAUGGAGUUCCUUUUGCUAAAGCCCGGUGAAUACCUGAUUGUGCCGUCCACCUUCAAUGUUAAUGAGACAGCUUCCUUCAUCCUGACCAUCCUCUCCAAGGCAGAGACCCACAUCCAUGAGAAUUCUGGUGGCCAUAACCACGAGCAUAAGGAAGACAAAGAGCCCAUGCAAAUCCAGAAUGGAGGGGAUGACGAAAAUAAGAGAAUCUUGUUCCGUCAAUACUCUGACCAGUAUGAAGAAGUGGAUGCUGAGCAGCUCCAGAGGCUUCUAAAUGAGAACAUCGUGAAAGAUGUGAAAUCUGGAGUCUUCAGCAUUGAUGCCUGUCGCAGCAUGGUUGCUCUGAUGGAUACAUCAAAUAGACCGACUGGCAAACUGAACGGCAACGAAUUUCUUCGUCUGUGGAAGAAGAUCAUCGAUUACAAGGACAUUUUCUUCCGCACUGAUGUUUCACAGACAGGAACACUGUCACUGAGGGAGCUGAGGAAUGCAAUCAUGGCUUCAGGGAAGAGCAUCAGUGAUGACAUGCUGAAUUUGAUGGCUCUGCGCUACGGUGCCUCCUCUGGACACAUGACGCUGGAUAGCUUCAUCAGUCUCAUCCUUCGCUUCGACUGCAUGAGCUGUAUCUUCAGACAAUUGUCUGAUGGAACACACAUGAGUCUCCGUGAAUCAGAGUGGAUGUACCUUUCGAUGUACACUUAACCUGACAGAGAAGAUGAACAGCAGGAUUCGUUUGUAAUUACAGCAGCAGAUGAUGUGAAAAAAUAUAAUUAUGUCUUUAUGUCUCCAAAUGAGCUACAACAGGGUAUGAAACAACAGGGCAUUUACUCCUAACUUUGCUUCCUUUAGGGGUGUAACAGAAAAAUUCCCACUGCAAAGUAGAGUGGGAGAACAAUUGGAAGGAACAUGAAGCGCGAUUCAUUUGUGAAAAAACACUUGUUAGAGAUAGUACAGUGGCCAAAAUAUGCAUAGCAUCAAAUGCAACAAAAUUUCAAAAGUGUGCUUUUAUUGUUAAGGUCUUUACACACUUGGGGUGCAGGAAAUAAAAAAAUAAAAAAAAACAUCUCUGGUGUGCAAAGGCCUUAACUGAGGUUCAAAUGUUACAUUUGUCAAAAAAUGCCUUUUUUUAAAUUAAAAAUUGAAUGUGGAUUUAGGACACUAGAUCACAGUUAGAUCGUGAAAAUAAAAAAUCAAUCAAGUUAAUAAAUUGUUUUUUGUUACACCCCUAGUAAGUACAUGUAUUGAGAAAUUCAGUAAUGUGAAAAUAUACCCUGUCUGAUGAUACACAGCAAAGAUGCCAUAUCUUUUUAUGUCUACAUGUUAGUCUUCAGUUAUUUGUGCUGGAUUUUAUAUUUUACUGCAAGAUGGAAAUAGUUUUUGUUUUUUUCCUGCCAUGCUAGCAUCAGUCAGUCCGCCAUUUAAUAUCACAACAACAACUGGAUGGACUGCCAUGAAAGUUGAUACAUACAUUCAGGAUGCUCAGAGGAUGAAGCCUGCUGAUUUAUGUGAUCCCUUGACUUUUUCCUAGGGCCAUGGUGAGGUUGAUUGUUUAUUAAACAUUAAAUUAGUGCUAAUUGGCAAAUGUGACACAACCUCCUAAAAUGACUCAUUUGGUCUGAUAACAUUUUGAGAGUCUAAAAAAGACUCAUGUUUAGAGCUCAAGUGUGGAGGAUUCAGAGGAAUCUAUUGGCAGAAAUGAUAAUAAUAUGUAACGUGAUUUUCAUGAAUGUUUUCAUUAGAUUAUUAACACCUAAAGAUAAUAAUCAUUCCGUUUUUCUGGCCUUACAAUGAGCCAUUUACACAGAGUGGAUCCUGUUUCUACAGAUGUCCAGAAUGGAUAAACUGAACACUGGUUCUAGAUAGCACCAUUCACAUUGUCAUAUUUUCAUGUCAACCUCUGACAUCUUCUUGCUUGGUCCAAAAAGUGAUGAUUGGUUGCAAUGUGCAAACCCACCACUAGAUGCCACUAAAUCCUACACACUGGACCUUUAAGUUUUUUUCAUCCCCAUUCAACAUUACAGAGCAGUAAACCAGAACUCAGCCACUCUAAGUCUCAAGUGUGCCUGCUCUAUGAUGCUGAAGAUGAAAAAACUGAACUUUUUUGGCUUUGUGUGCCACCUUGCAACUUUUAUUUAAUGAAUAAGGUCCCACCUCCAGUGCAGCAUUAACAUACAAGAAUUUAGCUCAAAGCACCAUUGUGUCUAAGUACAUCCUCUCAAAGCUGCUAGCAUGGCUGUAGACUCUUUAUCUUGUUAAGUCUCUCUGAUGGGGCACUUUUAUUUUUUUAAAGUGGGUUAAUGCAUAUUUCUGUUUAAGGUGGUGAUAGACUUUUAUUUUAAUAAUUUUGUACUUCACAUAAUAAAGACAUUAUCCAAACCGGUA